AUGGCCAUUGAGGCUGGCGCUCGUGCGGGUUUGGUGGCCCCAGAUGAGAUUACAUUUGAAUACCUCGAGGGACGGCCAUUGGUCCCAAGCGGUGACAGCUGGGAAGCCGCGGUUGCAUACUGGAAAACACUGAAAUCCGACGCCGACGCCACAUUCGACCGCCAGUUCAAGAUUGACGCUGCAAAGGUGGCCCCGGUUGUCUCCUGGGGUACAUCUCCCGAACAGGUCGCGCCCAUAACGAGCCGUGUUCCGAGUCCGGACGAUUUCCAAGACCAGAUUAAGGCGGAUAACUGUCGACGCGCACUUGAGUACAUGGGCUUGGAGCCAGAGACUAGAAUGACAGACAUCGUCGUGGAUAAGAUCUUUAUCGGUUCCUGUACAAACUCACGACUUUCGGACCUGCGCGCCGCGGCAGACAUUCUCCGAGGCCGGAAAAUCGCGGCCAAUAUCAAAGCCGCAUACGUUGUCCCCGGCUCUGGGAUUGUCAAACAGCAAGCGGAGAGUGAGGGCCUAGACCGCAUCUUUAAGGAGGCAGGUUUUGAGUGGCGAGAGGCUGGCUGCAGUAUGUGUGUUGGACUGAACGAAGAUCAACUUGAGGCGUAUGAGCGCUCGGCAAGCACUAGCAACCGAAACUUUGAGAACCGACAGGGCACGGCAGGCCGCACACACCUCAUGUCCCCAGUGAUGGCCGCCGUCGCCGCCAUUGAGGGCAAGCUUGGCGAUGUCCGCAAGUACUUGGCCGCCGGCGCGGGAUUGGGGGAUGAGGAACCGUCGAUUCUACCUCGCUAUCCUGAGACUAUCGAACCGGAAGAAUCGAGCAGUAGCCACGCCGAAAAAGAGGACGACGGGGUUGUUGAGGAUGAUACCAUCGCGGCUGGUCCAUUUACGUCGGUGAAAGGGCUUGUGGCUCCCCUAGACCGAGCCAACGUCGACACGGACUGCAUCUUGCCAAAACAAUUCUGUACCACCAUCCUCCGCCGCGGACUGCGCGACGGGUUGUUCUACAACCUCCGCUGCCGUCCGGAUGGCUCGUUGGACCAGUCGUUCGUACUCAACCGACAACCCUACAAUAGCAACCGGUCGCGGGUCCUGCUCAGCACAGGACCCAACUUUGGUUGCGGCAGCUCACGCGAGCAUGCAGUAUGGGCACUGCUGGACUUUGGCAUUCAGGUCGUCCUGGCCUCGUCAUUUGGUGACAUCUUUUACGGCAAUUCCUUCAAAAAUGGGCUACUUCCAGCCAUCGUGGACCAGCAAGACAUACCUAUGCUGCUUGCGGAAGCAGAGGCAGGCCGGGAAAUUGAGGUGGUCUUGUCAACCCAGCAAAUCCUCAGCGCGUCAGGGGACGAAAUUGCCAAGUUCAGUGUUGACAAGGGCCCGAAAGAGAUGUUGCUCGCGGGCGUCGACGAGAUUGGCUUGAGCCUAAGAAGUUCCGAUGACAUCAGCGUGGUUUGA